AUGCAAAAUUCAAAAAAGAAAAAUUAUUACAAUAUUGCCCGUGAAGAUUUAGAAAAAUUAAAUAGUGACAUAUUUGUAGAGGAAGAUAUAAAACUAUCGCAAACCCAAAAAAAAAUAAAAUUCAUAUUUCGAAAAUUGAAAAGGGCUAGAAAACUAAAUCGAAUUCAUACUCUUGUUUACGCUUUCUAUCUUGGGGAAAUUUUGGAAAAAGCGCCGGGGAAAAAAAAAUUCAACGAUGAAGAUUUGUCAAGAUACUAUGCUGAAGUGUCUGUAAGAGUAUAUUAUCUUUUUCAGAAGUCUGGUGUUAACCGAAUUUAUCAAAUGACCAAAUUGACUUUGGCAACGAUCUCCAAAUUGACGGCUGGAGAAUUUCAACAACUAGUAAAUGACAAUAGCGAUAGCAACGAUGAUAGUGAAGACGAAUCAUCACCAGAGGACAACAAUAACAUUACAAAUGAAUUAUCGCAAAAUAUUGAUACUGAAAAUGGAUCAUUUCAAAAUACUGGCCUCUCACAAAUAACCACUAACUUUCCUCAAGAUACUACACAUCAAUCAAUUUUAAUUACCGUCGAUCGACACAACGACAGUUAUCAACUUAGCUUUAAUCCAAAUCUCAACUAUCAACCGCUUCAAAAUUACCCUGGGUUUUCUGGUGCCCAUGCUACUAUCGGUAGUCAACUGCAGAAUGCUUUAGAAUUCUCCAAUAUUGUUUAUCAUCAAAUCCCCAAUCUUACUGACGUUUCUCAAGCUUAUGCUUCUGUUGGUCAACCAACUCAAAUUGCUAAUAAUUCUAAUACUUUUCGAAAUACUACAGUUCCACAUAACAGCCAACGUUUCCGUGGAUCAACAUAUUAA